AUGGCUCCUACAGAAGUCGAGGUCCCCGUCGAAAUUUCCCCAAGCAAAGAGAAUGUGGAGAUGCUGGAAUCAGGUUCCACUAACUCUCAAGAACUGGGCUUCGAUAAGAAAGCUACGAAGAAGUUGAUCAGGAAGUUGGACUGGGCUCUUCUCCCAUUUCUGGCACUGCUCUAUCUUCUCUCAUUCCUCGAUCGAACAAACAUUGGAAAUGCUCGCCUUGCUGGACUCGAAAUGGACCUGGGUAUGACCGGUUUGGACUACAACGUUGCACUCGCUGUCUUCUUCCCAUUCUACGUUGCUGCCGAGGUGCCCUCCAAUCUGAUGAUGAAGAGAACGCGCCCCUCGAUCUGGAUACCCACUAUCAUGGUUGCAUGGGGCGUCUGCUGCACAUUAAUGGGGCUUGUUCACAACUUUGCGGGCCUCCUCGCUGCUCGUGCUGCUUUGGGAAUCGCAGAAGGCGGCCUUUUUCCGGGAGUGACCUUCUAUAUCACUAUGUGGUACCGACGACAUGAGUGCGGCCUCAGAAUGGCGAUCUUCUUCUCCGCGGCCACAGCUGCUGGCGCAUUUGGCGGAUUACUGGCUCGUGGUAUCAUCGAGAUGGACGGCAUUGGAGGUAAAGCCGGCUGGGCUUGGAUCUUCAUCCUUGAGGGUAUCAUUACGCUCAUAGUUGCUGGAAUGGCAUUCGUCGUUAUGAAUGACUACCCAUCUACCGCAAAAUUCCUAACCCCUGAGGAGAGAAAGGAGGUUGCCCGUCGCUUAGAACACGACCGAAGCUCACUGGCCGACGAAUUUUCCAUGAAGUAUUUCUGGGAUGCUGUCAAGGAUUGGAAAAUAUGGGUUCACAUGUUCAUCACCAUUGGCGUUUAUACACCCCUCUACUCCGUCUCACUAUUUCUGCCAACAAUUGUGAGGACUCUUGGCUACACCAAUGAAACUGCUCAGCUCAUGACGGUGCCUCCAUACAUUGUCGCCUGCUUCUGCUGUAUCAGUGGAGGCUUUGCCGCGGACAAGCUCAAGAGUAGAGGUGUCUUUAUGAUCGGCUUCAACUGCAUCGCCCUGACGGGACUCACCAUGCUCAUUGCAUCCCAGAAUCCCCAUGUCAAGUACGCUGGCUGCUUCUUCUUUGCCGCUGGCAUCUAUUCCAAUGUCCCACAAGGUGUUGCCUGGAACGGCAACAAUAUCGCCGGGACCGUCAAGCGCGGCGUGGGCAUUGCCAUGCAUGUGGGAUUUGGUAACCUCGGUGGUGCGAUCUCAGGUUUCAUCUAUCUGUCCACGGAUUCCCCAAAGUUCACCAAAGGCCAUGCUAUCUUGAUUGGCUUAGUCUCGAUGAGCACAAUACUAUCCAUCUUCAUGACGACCUACCUGCGCCGUGAGAACGCACGUCGGGACCGUGAUUAUAAGAGUUUGGAUCAAUACACAGCCGAGGACAAAUUUGCGGAAAGAGAGAAGGGCGAUAACGCAACCUUCUUCCGCUACACUGUCUAA